CCGAGUCCGCUCUAUGGGCUCUCACCAUCACUCCAAACAAACAUCAAUCACCCCUCAAGCAACAACACCAACAACCGCUAGUUAGCGCCGCACGUACCAUGAGCUCCUCCCCAGCUCCAGCUCCAGCUCCACACGACGAAGGGUUUGACUUCGACUCCGACAAAUCUACUACUCACCUGCCGCGCAACGAAACGCAAAAGCAAAACCCGCUUGCGACAAUGCAGACUAAUACUGCAACUACUUCUACCCCGCCGUCCAAGCGGAAACGCUCCGCUGAUAUCGGCGCCGAGAUCCCCGGGGCGCCACUGAGCUCGCACUUGGGGGAAACAUAUAGCUGCGACUAUAACUAUAACAGAGAGAGGGAAAGGGAGAUACUUAUUGGUCGUUUUGGAAACAUGAAGCUGGAUGUUCCAGAGGGUAAUAGGACUGGGAUGGGAGAGGGGAUGGGGGAGUCGGUGGUAGUGUUCGAUGGCGGUGACGAGGCGCGUGAUAUGGAAAUGGACGACGCAGGGGAAGAGUCAGAGCCUACGAUCAAGCGAAGACGCGAACGCGGCGAGAAAAAUCCAACGGUCAACGUUGUACCUCCCGAGGACGGAGAUGGAGAUUUGACGGUGCAGAUGCCAUCCCCGCCGAGAGAAGCAUCAGACGUUCGUGGACAAAGGAUGGAACGCAGCAACAGCAAGCGUCUCAGGUCACCACCUCCGCCUAUCGAGCCGCCAUCUCCGGAGGCUGAAGAGGAGACUCUCAGCGACGUGGACCAGCAUGGGAUCGUAUAUAUUCCGACUCCAGCGCAGCGGUUCGCCAGGAGCCAGAAGCGGUUACAACAGAUCAAGGAAUACAAGUCCCGCGAAUACAAAGAGGCCAGGGAAAAGAGGACUGUCGAGAGAAGGCGGAGGAAGAGUCAGUCUCGUGCUGACGCCGCCGCCCUCGCCGCCGCUACUGCCGCCGAAGCCGCCGAGAAGAAGAAGAAAGCGGUGCAUUUCCAUCUAUGAUUACGUCAAUAUGGUGUUUCCUAGGCAAUGUUACGGUUUCUUAUGUGGGUAGGUGGCUGGUUUGUUUUGCGCGGGUGUAUACAUGCCGAGGGAGUUUGGUGUUUUGGUCGCAUUUACUUGGAUACGGGCCGCAUGACUUC